CCUCGACUCCUCAGGCUUCCAACCUGCGCUUGUUCAACCUUCUUGCCUGCGUCAAGGUCAAUUCUGGACUGCUGCCGCUUGUGAAAUAUGCCCAUCAUCCAGGAUACCACAGUUCCAACCCGUUGUUGAACGAUCGAUUGCAUCUCCAUUCUUCCCUCAGGCCCUCAGAUCUCUCGCGCGGCAUGUCGAGGUGACUCGAAUGUCGCCGAUAGCAUGGCCGUCAAUCGCAAACGUGGACCUGCGGCCAAAGGAUCCUCCCUUCUGGCCUUGAACCUGUUGCUUUUCGCCUCUUCUACAGUAGCACAGGCCCCUCGACCGAUUGUCGCGACAACAAGCCCUGGAUUCCUAGGAUAUGAUGGAUCUUGGUCUGCUAUCAGUAUUCGGGUGGGAACUCCACAACAGUAUCUCGCCGUUCUUCCCAACACGUUAAGACAAGAGACGUGGGUCGUUGGUCCAGCUGGGUGCGAUGGUACAUCAACCUGUGCAACUCUCCGUGGAGGCCUGUUUUCCUCCAAUGAAUCCAGCUCUUUUACCGAGUUGGGCUUUUUUGAACUGAACAACGGCGACUCGAACGUUGGCUAUUAUGGCCUCGACACGAUUCACUUGCAAGACGAUGCUCAAACGUCCGAUCAGAUAAUUGCCUUGGUCAACGACACCUCCGACUGGAUUGGAACAUUGGGGCUAGGAGUUCAGCAGAGUCGCUUCCAAGACUCGCAGAAUGAGUUACCCUUCUUAUCAAGUUUGGUGGAAAAUGGAAGCCUCAUUCCUAGCCAUAGUUAUGGCUAUACAGCUGGAGCGUCGUAUCGUCUCAAAAGUGUUCCGGCGUCGCUCGUACUCGGUGGCUUUGAUGCCAAUCGCUUCGAGCCCAACAACAUGACUUUCACCUUGAGCUCAGGCUAUAGACCGAUCGUGGCAAUUAAUUCUUUCACAGUCUCCUCUUCACCUCCUGUUGGAAACAAUCUACCUUCUAACUGGGCCUCAAAUCCUUUACCACUCCAAGAUGCCUCUGAGGCGGAGCUAUACACCAUUGACUCCUCCACGCCAUUUCUAUGGAUGCCCCCAGCUAUUUGUGACAAGGUGGCCGACGCCCUGAACUUGACCUAUGACGACAGCCUCGAUCUUUACUUGUUUGACAAUUCUUCAUCUCCUUCUGACCUUGUUUCCUGGGGCUUGACCUUUACCUUCUCACUGGGCAAUCUACGAGGAGACGAUGCCAAUAUUGACAUCAGGUUGCCGUACAGCGCAUUCAACCUGCAACUAUCUUAUCCAUUUCCAAACCUGAAUGCCACCUUUGGAUCUCCACCUACCAACUACUUUCCCCUCCGAAGAACGUCUGACAGCACCCAAUAUGCAAUCGGGCGAGCAUUCCUGCAAGAAACCUACCUUGCAGUGGAUUACGAACGUAAUAACUUUUCAAUAUCGCAGGCCGUUUUCACUGAAGCGGCUGUCAACACUGUCAACCUUCAUUCGAUCAGUCGUCCAGAUGGCAGCAUUUGGCCGGGGCCAGAUAUACCCAUCGAUACAUCACUAUCGACAGGCGCAAAGGCUGGAAUCGGUGUUGCCGUAGUUGCGGGGCUCGUGUUGUCCGUUCUUGGUGUAUGGUUUUUCUUUUACCGUAAGAAACGUUCCCAAGACGACAACAGUAGCAGCAGCGGUGAGAAGAGCAAAAGGUCCAGCAUCUUCGAGCGGCUACGUCGAACUCCAGAAUCGAAAUCGUCGAUCUCCGAACUCGCCGCAGACAAACAUUAUCCCAGAGAAGUUCCGGCCGACUCAUCCAACAGCCGAUUCGAAAUGUCCAGCGGGAAUGUGCCAGUGGAAAUGGCGGCUGCAGAGGAGGUGUCGUCUACUUUCCUUGCAGGCCGACGUGACCAGUCUGGCACUAGUCCUAGGAAUGAUCCUAGAAAUCCAGCGGAACUCGAACCACAAGACAUCAGAACCAAAGCCGCUGAAGCAGCAGCCAUGGCCGAUGUACACGGCAGUCAGCGUUCGGCGUCGCCCGUGCCUCCAUAUUCUCCAAACGACUCCAACGAUCGGAACAGCAGUAGUGUCAGUCCGUUCACCCCAAGACACAGUCACGCUUUUGGAACCAUCUCGUCAAGUGAAGCAGGGAUAAGUCCUGUUCAUCACAGCAGUCGAGGAUACUCGCAGCCAUCCAACAGCAGUGGAGCCGACUCAAGUCCGAUAUCACCAGAAGACGCAACGCAAAUGACGUUGCCACACUCGACCGAUGGAUCAGGUGGAAGCGCAUCUGCCAUUAGUGGCCGGUUCGGCAACUUGACAGUACCCCAAUUCAACGGCCGCCCGCCCUCAAGAUCACCUAGCACGGGGAGCAGGUUUGUAGAGCAAGGGCUGAGUUCUGUUGAGGAAGAAGAACAGCAUCAACAGCUUACGCCCAUUCCGCCUGCCGCUCAACCGACGCGGCCGACGAUGGAGCGUGCCCGAUUCAGCUGGGAGCAAUGAUGCUCCCAUCUCUCAUGCCCGUGGAUGUUUCAUGACCUGUUAUAUAUUGUAGAGAUAGUCUUUGAAGGAUGCCAUAUUUGACCUUGUGCUUUCGUCUGGUACGAUGAGUAGCUAUUUAGUUGGAUCAUAAAACACAUGCUAUUUUUAUGGAC